AUGAGGCAGAAUGUCAGCUGGGAACCCCCUGAGCCUGGGUACUAUAAAUUAAAAUUUGAUGGGGUUGCCAAAGGGAAUUCGGGUGAGGCAGGUUAUGGAUGCAUAAUCAGAGAUAGUAGGGGUGAGAUGGUGGUUGGAAUCUCAGGUUACUUGGGCAUAGCGAGCAAUAUUGUUGCAGAGUUCACUGCACUUGAGAGAGAGUUCAAAGUGACACGCGUUUACCGUGAGGCAAAUACAAGUGCAGACUACUUGGCAAAUAAGGGUGUGGUGUCUAAAUGUGAAAUUGAAGAACACAUAUCCAUAGGACAAAGUGCACAACUCUCCAAGAUUGUGAGGGACGAUAUGUCAUGUUCUUUGCAGAACACUAGAAAGGGUAUAGGAUAA